UCUUUUUUUUAGAAGAGAAAUUCCAUUAAUUUUCAUAACAGUAUAGAAGAACCUGCAUAUAUGAACGUAGCCUCAUUAAAACAUUCUCAGGGAAAACCACAAUGGAGAAAACCCUGAGAUAGGAAAAAGAGUGCCACACAUGUAUUAGACUAAAAAAGAGUUAAAAGAACAAAGACCAAAUGAAAUAAUACAUAGCCCAACUGCAAGCGCAGCAAGGAACAUCCCACCACAACGUAAUACUGUCAAAGAAAAAAUCAUAUGCUGGCAUAGUUCUUUGUACAUCGUCGAACAAACGUGUCGUGAGCGUCAGAAACACGAAACGCACCACACCCCCAAAAAAGACAAAACAAAGCCCAAUUACAAGCCCAGUAAAGAGCACAACUACUGGCCUUCAACCUGCCCUUGUGAUUAAAUGCGCUUGCACUAACUCCUGGUCUUGGGUUUGAAGGUUGGUAUCACAUUCUCUAAAAAACCCAAAAAGCAUCCCACCACAAUAUAAUUCUAUCAAAGAAAACCACCUAUGCACCCAUAAUUCUUUACACAGUGGGAAUAAUGUGUCAUGAGCGUCAUAGAAGAGCCGACAGAAACACCAACUACCAACUACCAUCUCCUUUGGUUCUUAAUCCAGACCCCUAAGUUAGGGGGAAUUUUUGGUUUUAAAAAAAAAAAAAAAAUAGAUGUUGGAAUUUUAUGAAGUCCCCUCUUUUAUAAAGGGAACGAAGGCAACACAUCACCAGAACACUAAUUAAAGCUCUCCUCUCACCCAACGAAUAGACUGACUGACACAUCUGCAUCGCCUUCUCUUCAAAGCAAGGAACCCAACAAAAGUCCCAAAGAUCUAAAUCCCACACACUUCCCAAUCUCCUCCAACCUCUUCAUUAAUUUAUCUUCCAACCUUAGCUUAUAUUUAGCAAUCUCUUCUUAAUCAUUUUAAUUACCUCCUUCCUUACAAUAUUACACAAAUCUCUCUCUCUCUCUCUCUCCCCAAAUUUCUUCUUUUUAAUGUUCUCAAUCAAAAUUUUCAGGAAUGGGUAUCAAAGCAUUUGCGCUAUCUUUCAUGCUAAUUUCAAUUAUUUUCUCUUUUGUAUACAUUCCAGCUAGAUUAACAAUACCCAUCCACAAUGUCAGGCCUAUAAUAAAUUACUUCAACUUACCCAAAUCCAGCAACACCACCACCAAGCCAUAUCCAGUCACAUUUUCCUAUCUAAUAUCAGCAUCCAAGGGUGAUGCUCUGAAGCUCAAGCGCUUGCUCUAUGCCCUCUACCAUCCUGGAAAUUACUAUCUGAUUCACAUGGACUAUGCAGCCCCAGAGGCUGAGCACAGGGACAUUGCUGACUUUGUGGCUGGAGAUCCAGUUUUUGGGCAAGUGGGUAAUGUUUGGGUGCUGGGAAAAUCCAACUUGGUCACAUAUAGAGGGCCCACAAUGCUGGCUACCACUCUUCAUGCAUUGGCUCUGCUCUUGAGGACUUGCAAAUGGGAUUGGUUUAUCAAUCUCAGUGCUUCUGAUUAUCCUCUAAUCACUCAAGAUGAUCUGAUGCAUUCAUUUUCUGAUUUGCCAAGAGAUCUCAAUUUCAUACAGCACAGUAGUCGCUUGGGGUGGAAGCUGAAUAAAAGAGGGAAGCCAGUGAUAAUAGACCCAGGACUCUACAGCCUGAAUAAAUCAGAAUUGUGGUGGGCUAUUAAACAGAGGGAGCUCCCAACAGCUUUCAAGCUGUACACAGGUUCAGCGUGGACAAUUCUCUCAAGAUCUUUUGCCGAAUAUUGCAUAGUGGGGUGGGACAAUUUGCCAAGGACUCUCCUCCUCUACUACACCAACUUUGUGUCCUCACCUGAAGGCUACUUCCAGACAGUCAUAUGCAACUCCCAAGACUACAAGAACACCACUGUCAACCAUGACCUCCACUACAUUACAUGGGACACGCCUCCAAAGCAACAUCCCAGGUCUCUAGGACUCAGAGAUUUUCCAAGAAUGAUUCUAAGUAACCGUCCUUUUGCUCGAAAGUUCAAGAAAAAUGUACCUGUUCUUAACAAAAUCGAUCGCGAAGUUCUUAAACGACACCGUGGACAGUUUUCUUAUGGGGGAUGGUGUUCUGGGAGUAGAGGGCAGACGCAGAAGAUGUGUUCAGGUUUGCAGGGUGAAAACUAUGGUGGGUUAAGGCCCGGACCGGGGGCUAAGAGGUUGAAAUCUUUGUUAAAAAAACUCCUCUCCACAAGGAAGUUUCAGAAGCAACAAUGCAAAUGAUUCUUUUAGUAAAAACUGAAUAAAUAUCGCAUGCUUAUGUGUUGUCCAUGAUUUUUUUAGAAUUUGGGGUUUCUAUAUAUCUAGGAUGAUAUAUAGCUAAUUAGCUAGUGUUGUUCUUCAAUUUUUUUUUUUUUUUUUAUGGGAAUGGUAACAAUUAAAUCAUUUGUAUCACUUGCUAUGAAAUCCUCAUAGUAGCCAACGAGGGUUGGUUUGGUUGAGUUGGUAAGGAUCGUUCUCUACGCUAUCAAGAUUUAGGUUUGAGUCCUACUGUCGAGAAUCCCUUUUGGUGGGUAAUAUGUAAAAAUAAAAAAGAGGGCUAAGACCCUCUAUGUAAGUCCUUAAAGAGGCCUUGAUAUGCCCUGGGUAACCUCCCCUCUCUCUAAACUUUUUUUCACCAAAAAGGAAAAAAAUCAUCGUAGUGUAAUAUCUAGAGCCCCGUUAAAUAGUACAGAUAAUGGCAAUGUGUUCGAACAUUACUCCUUAUUGUAACAUUACUCCUU